AUGUUUUUGGUUUUGGUUAAUGAUAGGACUGGGAGUUCGCUACAAUUGGAAAUUAUAACCCAGGAUCGUAAUGGGGCAAUUGCUUGCGCCGGAGAAAGCGCCGGAGAAAGCGCUGGAGAAAGCGCCGGAGAAAGCGCCGGAGAAAGCUCCGGAGAAAGCGCCGGAGAAAGCGCCGGAGAAAGCGCCGGAGAAAGCGCCGAAGAAAGCCCCGGAGAAAGCGCCGAAGAAAGCGCCGGAGAAAUUAGCGGGAAAGCGGCGGAGAAAGCGGCGGAGAAAGCGGCGGAGAAAGCGGCGGAGAAAGCGGCGGAGAAAGCGGCGGAGAAAGCGGCGGAGAAAGCGGCGGAGAAAGCGGCGGAGAAAGCGGUGGAGAAAGCGGUGGAGAAAGCGGCGGAGAAAGCGGCGGAGAAAGCGGCGGAGAAAGCGGCGGAGAAAGCGGCGGAGAAAGCGGUGGAGAAAGCGGUGGAGAAAGCGGCGGAGAAAGCGGCGGAGAAAGCGGAGGAGAAAGCGGCGGAGAAAGCGCCGGAGAAAGCGCCGGAGAAAGCGACGGAGAAAGCGACGGAGAAAGCGACGGAGAAAGCGCUGGAGAAAGCGCUGGAGAAAGUGGCGGAGAAAGCGGCGGAGAAAGCGGUGGAGAAAGCGGUGGAGAAAGCGGUGGAGAAAGCGGCGGAGAAAGCGGCGGAGAAAGCGGCGGAGAAAGCGGUGGAGAAAGCGGUGGAGAAAGCGGCGGAGAAAGCGGCGGAGAAAGCGGAGGAGAAAGCGCCGGAGAAAGCGCCGGAGAAAGCGCCGGAGAAAGCGACGGAGAAAGCGCCGGAGAAAGCGCCGGAGAAAGCGCUGGAGAAAGUGGCGGAGAAAGAGGCGGAGAAAGCGGCGGAGAAAGCGGUGGAGAAAGCGCCGGAGGGAGAAAGCGCCGGAGAAAGCGGCGAAGAAAGCGGCGGAGAAAGCGGCGGAGAAAGCGGCGGAGAAAGCGGCGGAGAAAGCGGCGGAGAAAGCGGCGGAGAAAGAGGCGGAGGGAGAAAGCGCCGGAGAAAGCGCCGGAGGAGAAAGUGGCGGAGAAAGAGGCGGAGGGAGAAAGCGCCGGAGAAAGAGGCGGAGAAAUCGGCGGAGAAAGCGGUGGAGAAAGCGGCGGAGGAAGCGGCGGAGGAAGCGGCGGAGGAAGCGGCGGAGGAAGCGGCGGAGGAAGCGGCGGAGGAAGCGGCGGAGGAAGCGGCGGAGGAAGCGGCGGAGGAAGCGGCGGAGGAAGCGGCGGAGGAAGCGGCGGAGGAAGCGGCGGAGGAAGCGGCGGAGGAAGCGGCGGAGGAAGCGGCGGAGGAAGCGGCGGAGGAAGCGGCGGAGGAAGAGGAAGUGGCGGAGGAAGAGGAAGCGGCGUAUAAAAAAUCGAACUGUGGCCGCAACUAUCCUCCUUCAGUAUGCCGAGCUCCCUCAGCCAAAGCGCAACCCUGCCGGUGCAGUUUGGAAUAUAGGCCUCAAUGGGCUACAUAUGCCAGACCUGCCUGCGGUGCGGACUUCAGUGCCCCUGUGACACCAGCUCAAGCCAGUCUUUGGACCUUCUCGAACUCCCUCGCAUGCGUCCUCUUCUCUACGGCAUUCUACUAUACCAGUGCUCCAUAG